CUCGUCCCCCUCCGCCUCCGGCGAGCCGACCGGUGGUUGCGCGCGCCAUCUGUGUCAGCUCCGCGGGCUCCGGGGGCGCCCGGUGGCUCGCCGGCGUAAAUUAACCCAAACCCCGUGGCAUUCUCGCACAGUGCCGUAGUCCCACGCUCCUCCGCCUAGUUGCUUGCUUCGCAAUAACACUUGCUUAAUUAGAGCGGCGGUUUCAAGAGGGAGGUGGGCGUAGUACUGCCACUCGCCUAGAGGAUUUGACUGGUGGAGGCGGGAGUGGGAGAGUAGCUGCGGCUGCCGCGGCAAUCCUGGCGGGCAUGGGGAACGCGAGCGCCAAGGAAGGGGAGAACGGCCACAUGGCGUCGUCGCCGGAGCUGGCGGCGCGCAACGGCGGCGGUAGCAGCUCCGCAGGGGUCGCCGCGGCGAGGCCGCCGCCGUUGUCGCCGCCGGACGCGGUGAUGCUGGAGCAACCACCGCCCGUGCCCUACCUCUUCGCGCCGCAGGUUCCAGUGACGCCAUUUCAGAGACCUACUGAAUUUUCUCCUGUUUUCAACCAUUCACCGAUAAAUGGAACAGAUGAAUCCACCACCAACCACUCCCAGGAGAAGGGGAUUCCAACUCUGAUUACAUGGAGUCAAGGAGGAAAUGAGGUGUUUCUGGAAGGAUCAUGGGAUAACUGGACAUCGAGGAGAGCAUUAGAGAGGUCUGGCAAAGAUCACACCAUCUUACUGGUUCUGCCGUCUGGAAUAUAUCAUUACCGGAUGAUUGUGGACGGGGAAUUGAGAUACAUCCCUGAGAAACCUUGUGUUACUGAUGAGAGAGGACAACUGGCCAACCUCCUCGAUGUCCAUGUCAGAUUAUGUUCCAGAAAGUCUCGACAGCGUAGCAGAAUUCGAGGCACCUCCGUCACCAGAGCACAGCUACGACCUGCAAUAUCCGGGAGACGAGGAAUUCGCCAAGGAGCCACCCACCCUCCCUCCCCAGCUUCUCAUGUCUGUCCUUGGUGAUACCGAUAACACCGAUGAUCAAGCUCCAAAGCCACAGCAUGUCGUCCUCAACCAUCUGUUCAUCGAGAAAGGGUGGGGAUCGCAGUCGCUGCUCGCCCUUGGAGUCACUCACCGGUUCGAAUCCAAGUAUGUGAGCUUUGUGCUCUACAAACCGCUGAGGAGGUGAUACAGCUGAAGGAGGAGUGCUGGCUAGGGACUGAUGGAAGUGAAUAAUUAGAGUGUUGCUGACAUGGUUGUAUUGUACAGAAGGGAACUGCAGGAGCCCCUAGCUGUUCUUUUUUUUUAUGCUUCUGAAAGUAAUAAACCGGUUUCGUCGCCCGUGCUGUUCGAGAAAAUGAAAAUUAUUAGUCUGAAAUGAACUUUCCUCCA